GCGGCAGGAAGGGCUGCGGGCCUGCGCCGCCGCUCUCCAUCUUGGCAGAGCUCUCCAUGCGCAGCGGCCGGCGAGGAGUCGCGGGAUCGGAGCGAUCCGGGGACGCGAGAUCUCCGGAAAGGAAACUGUUUUGACCAGGGGCUGAAGAAAACUGGACACUUAGACCACACUCUCAAGGCUUCUGGCCUCGAACCUUAAGACUCAGUGACCCAGGGCAGUGAACAGUAGGAGUGUUCCUGAAACACUUCUUACAGGUAGACAAGCAGCGAGAGCUAUCCAUGAAAAUGACUGCAGAUGACGUAAAUGCAUCCACUAAAUGCAAACUAUUCGGUUAAAAACCUCAGCACCACGUGCUGUUUGCACUGUUUGCAAACCCGCCUGCGACUGACGCCCCAGAGCUCCGGAGACCGCACGCGCCGGGAGCUAGCAUGUCAGCCGUGGUCCUGGAGAACGGAGGCUCGGUCAGGAAACUCAGCGACUUCGGACAGGAAACAAGCUAUAUUGAAGACAACUCCAAUCAAAAUGGUGCCAUAUCCCUGAUCUUCUCACUCAAAGAAGAAGUUGGUGCGCUGGCCAAAGUCUUACGUUUAUUUGAGGAGAAUGAUAUAAACCUGACCCACAUUGAAUCAAGACCUUCACGUUUAAAGAAAGAUGAGUAUGAAUUUUUCACCUAUCUGGAUAAACGCAGCAUGCCCGCUCUGGCAAACAUCAUCAGAAUCUUGAGGCAUGAAAUUGGGGCCACUGUGCACGAGCUUUCCCGGGAUAAGAAGAAAGACACAGUGCCCUGGUUCCCAAGAACCAUUCAAGAGCUCGACAGAUUUGCCAAUCAGAUUCUCAGCUAUGGAGCGGAACUGGAUGCAGACCACCCCGGCUUUAAAGAUCCUGUGUACCGAGCAAGACGGAAGGAAUUUGCUGACAUUGCCUACAGCUAUCGACAUGGGCAGCCCAUCCCUCGAGUGGAAUACACGGAGGAAGAAAAGAAAACAUGGGGGAUAGUGUUCAGGACCCUGAAGUCCUUGUACAAAACCCAUGCUUGCUACGAGCACAACCACAUUUUCCCACUUCUGGAAAAGUACUGUGGCUUCCGCGAAGAUAACAUCCCCCAGCUCGAAGAGGUUUCUCAGUUUCUGCAGACUUGUACUGGUUUCCGCCUCCGACCUGUGGCUGGCCUGCUUUCCUCUCGGGAUUUCUUGGGUGGCCUGGCCUUUCGAGUCUUCCACUGCACUCAGUACAUCAGACAUGGGUCCAAGCCCAUGUAUACGCCUGAACCUGACAUCUGCCAUGAGCUGUUGGGACAUGUACCCUUGUUUUCAGAUCGCAGCUUUGCCCAGUUUUCGCAGGAAAUUGGCCUCGCCUCUCUGGGUGCCCCCGACGAGUACAUUGAGAAACUCGCAACAAUUUACUGGUUUACUGUGGAGUUUGGGCUCUGCAAGCAAGGAGACUCCAUAAAGGCAUAUGGUGCUGGGCUCCUGUCAUCCUUUGGUGAAUUACAGUAUUGCUUGUCAGGCAAGCCGAAGCUCCUUCCUCUGGAACUGGAGAAGACGGCUCUCCAGCAGUACACAAUCACAGAGUUCCAGCCCCUGUAUUACGUGGCUGAGAGCUUUAAUGAUGCCAAGGAGAAAGUGAGGAACUUUGCUGCUAUAAUCCCACGGCCCUUCUCAGUUCGUUAUGACCCAUACGCCCAGAGGAUCGAGGUCUUGGACAAUACCCAGCAACUUACGAUUUUGGCUGACUCCAUCAAUAGUGAAGUUGGAAUCCUUUGCAGUGCCCUCCAGAAAUUAAAGUGAAGCCAUGCACUGAACCUGAUCUGUCAACUUGAGAAUCUGUUGAUGGAAAUCCAACUACUUCUUUCAUUUCAUCUGAAAAAGUCUGAAAAGCAAACCUUAAUUCAAAAUAACAGCCUUGAAUCCUUUCUAGAACAAGAUGGAGGGUCAACAAAUAAAUCAAAAUAAUCUGAAAUGACAGCAUGUUAAUACAUACCCAAAAGCAUAAUGGUAGAUCUUUUGGGGUCAUCUUUGAUUUAGAGAUGAUAAUCCCAUACUCUCGGUUGAGUUAAAAAUCAAUAACCUGUCACAUUUCAUCAGAGUUAAUGAAAAUUCAGGACCUGCUUCAUUCAACCUUCCUAAAUACUUUUGUUAUUUGCUCUAGAGAAUUCCUAAAGGAGUAUAUAUCACUCGUUGUGAAACACAAGUCUGUCAGAAUUGAAUUAACACCUUUAUUGGAGUAUAAUUGCUUUACAAUGUUG